AUAUAUAUAUAUAUAUAUACAUACACUCAGAUCAAUAACAUUAUAUGAUACCUUUGAAAAAGUCAGAUGGCGGACGUUGAUGAUUCUCAGAGAAGAAGAGAAAGCAGUAGUCAUCAUCGAUGGCCUCUUGCUUUACUCAUCGUCUUCGUAGCCUUUCCGGUGGCGUUAGCGGUGGCUCUCUACAGACUAGUCGACUCCUUCGAAGCGGCUGCUCUGCCAGUCCACGAGUUCACCGGGCCCACAGCAACAGCGGCGGCGCGUAACGGUCACAUGCUUCGUGGGGCGGAGAGAGUGGGGGAGGGAGCACUGCUGGCACCGGAAGACUUGGCUUACGACUCCAAGUCGGGUGUGAUUUACACAGGCUGCGCCGACGGGUGGGUGAAGCGAGUCAGGUUGAGUGACUCGGUGGUGGAGAACUGGGUCAACACCGGCGGUAGGCCGCUGGGAAUCGUUCUGGACCAUAACAAGAAUCGGCUUCUCGUCGCCGAUUCGGAGAAGGGGUUACUUAGCAUAACUAAAGAAGAAGGUGUGGUGGAGGUUUUGACAAAGGAAGCCGAUGGUGCAAAGUUCAUGCUAACAAACUGCGUAGAUGUGGCCGAAGAUGGCACCAUUUACUUCACAGACUCUUCUAACAAGUACAGCUUGCAUGAGGCUGUGUGGGACAUCCUCGAAGCCAAUCCCAAUGGAAGAUUGCUUAGCUACGAUCCACACACUAACCAAACCAAAGUGCUCCUUAGUCACAUUUACUUCGCCAAUGGAGUUUUAGUCUCACCUGACCAGACUUGUCUCAUCUUCUGUGAAUCCCUCUUGAGAAGGUGUAGAAAGUAUCAUCUAAAGGGGGAGAGAAAAGGUAGUGUUGAGUCAUUUAUUGACUACUUGCCUGGGAUGCCUGACAACAUUCAUUAUGAUGGGGAAGGCCAUUACUGGAUUGCAUUGGUUAUGGAAGCUACUAAAUUUUGGGAUUUAGCAAUGAGAUAUCCUUUUAUUCGAAAAGUUGUGGCAUUCCUUGAGAGGAACAAUUGUAGACCAAAGAUGGAGAAGAAUGGAGGUGUUUUUGCUGUGGAUUUAGAAGGAAGACCUAUUUUCCACUACCAUGAUCCUCACUUGCCAUUCAUUUCAAGUGGACUCAAGAUUGAAAAUCAUCUUUAUUGUGGCUCUAAUGCUUAUCCCUACAUGAUCAAACUCAAUCUACUAAAUUUCCCGGCACAACCCUCUACCUCUACGACAUGAGCCAUAAAGAUCGAUGUUUAUGAUGGAUUGUACCCUACACAACUCUCUGCUAAAUACUUUUAUGAACUACAGUGUUUGUCAAUACAAUCUCGAAAAAAAUAGUAAUCAAGUUUUUCAAUUUAUUUAAAAACGGUUGUAGUUAAGUUUUUAUAAUUUACAUUUUUUUGUAAAAUUUUUAGUUUUGAAAUAAAAUUUGAUAAAUUUUUCUAUA